AUGGCAAAACACGAAAAUGAUGAGGAAAUCAUGCCAACCACUGUACUAGAAGUACACUAUUCAGAAAGUGAAUGUGAUCAGUCGUUCGAAACGGAUCCAAUCGAUAAUGAACCCAUUUCGCCGUUACCAAUCACACCCGUUCCCAACAAUGAUGAGUCCAUUACCGGUACAGAGCCGGUUGAUUGUCGACCAUUGGAAGCGGAAGCCGAAGAAUCGACCUCCUUGCCGAAAGAUCAAGAUGUUUCAUCACAAAAUUUACAAGAGGGUUCCAACGACAUCAACAACGGCGAAGAAGCCAAUGGAAUUGGUAUCGAAAUUCCAAAUGUUCAUCAAGCAGACGAUCAAGAGCCAAUCAUCGAACAGCAUACUCAUCCGGUCAAUACGUCCAGCAUUGAUGAUGUCGGUGAUGAUUCCAGUCAUUCUUCAAACACUGAACAAAUCCCGAUGAAUUUAGGCGUGACGCAAAAUGCAGCCCAAAUCAGUGCGGAAUCCGUUACCGAUACGGAGCCGGUUGAUUGUCGACCAUUGGAAGCGGAAGCCGAAGAAUCGACCUCCUUGCCGAAAGAUCAAGAUGUUUCAUCACAAAAUUUACAAGAGGGUUCCAACGACAUCAACAACGGCGAAGAAGCCAAUGGAAUUGGUAUCGAAAUUCCAAAUGUUGAUCACGCAGACGAUCAAGAGCCAAUCAUCGAACAGCAUACUCAUCCGGUCAAUACGUCCAGCAUUGAUGAUGUCGGUGAUGAUUCCAGUCAUUCUUCAAACACUGAACAAAUCCCGAUGGAAUUAGACGUGACGCAAAAUGCCGUAGAAAUCAGUGCAAAAUCCGUUACCGGUACGGAGCCGGUUGAUUGUCGACCAUUGGAAGCGGAAGCCGAAGAUUCGACCUUCUUGCCGAAAGAUCAGGAUGGCCCAUCAUUAAUUUCACAAGAUUGUUCCAACGACGUCAACAACGGUGAAGAAGCCAAUGGAAUUGGUAUCGAAAUGCCAAAUGUUGAUCACGCAGACGAUCAAGAGCCAAUCAUCGAUCAGCAUUCUGAUCCGGUCAAUACGUCCAGCAUUGAUGAUGUCGGUGAUGAUUCCAGUCAUCCUUCAAACACAGAACAAAUCCCGAUGGAUUUAGACGUGUCGCGAAAUGACGCCCAAAUCAGUGCUGAAUCCGUUACCGAUACGGAGCCGGUUGAUUUUCGACCAUCGGAAGCGGAAGUCGAAGAAUCGACCUCCUUGCCGAAAGAUCAGCAUGGUCCAUCACAAAUUUCACAAGACGGUUCCAACGACAUCAAGAACGACGAAGAUCUGUACAUUGCUCAAAUUCCACAAAAUGUGGAAUCGAAGAUGGGAAAAUGUAUCGAACGGAAGUACGUAUUCAUAUUCAUUUAUGAAAAGUACAAGAUUAUUCGACCAUGGUAG